AUGUUGAGCAAGUUGUUUCCGCGUAUCCAAGCCAAGCCGUUGACGGAGAGGAUUCAGUCCCGCGAUGCCUUUGUCUACUUGGAUCGAGUACAGAAGCUCUGGGGCUGGAGAGCCACCGAGGAUGAGCGAUGGAUGGUACUCUAUAAUACCUGGGCCUUUAUCUGGAACGUUCUGCUGCUCGUCCUGCUGCCGUUGUCGAUGUCCAUGGAGUAUGUGCAGAGGUUCAAAAACUUCUCGCCGGGAGAGUUUUUUGGCUCCUUGGAGAUCUGCGUGGACAUGUAUGGCUGUUCCCUGAAGUGCGUCUACACCAUGUUUGGUUACAAGAGAUUUCAGGCAGCCAGGAAGCUGCUGGAUCGCCUGGACCUGCGCUGCACCAGCGACGAGGACCGUGCCAGUGUGCACCGCUCCGUGGCUCUGGCGAACAGGUGUUAUGUGACAUACCACAUCCUAUACUCGGGAUUUGUGGUCAUUAAUUGGACGGGCUACCUCCUGUUGGGCAGCCACGCCUGGCGGAUGUACCUGCCUGGACUGGACUCCGAGAAGAACUUUCUAGUGACCAGUUUUUUCGAGCUACUGCUGAUGAGCGGCGUGGUUACCAUGAACCAGUGCACCGACGUCUCUCCAUUGGCCCACAUGAUAAUGGCUCGUUGUCACAUGGGGCUGCUCAAGGAUCGGCUGACUAAGCUACACUCGGAUUACAGCAAAACUGAGAAGGAACACCAGGAGGAUCUGAAUAGAUGCAUCCAGGACCAUUCCGUGAUACUGGAAUAUGUUAAUCUUCUGCGACCCGUCUACUCGGUCACCAUUUUCGUGCAGUUCCUGUUGAUUGGCCUGGUUCUGGGUCUGUCCAUGAUCCAUAUCAUGUUCUUUUCCAACUUCUGGACAGGCAUCGGCACCAUGUGCUUCAUGUUUGAUGUGUGUCUGGAAACCUUUCCCUUCUGCUACCUGUGCAACAUCAUCAUCGAGGACUGCCGCGAGCUAUCGGAGAGCCUGUUCCAAUCGGACUGGUUAGGGGCCAGUCGCAAAUACAAGUCCACGUUGGUCUACUUUCUGCACAAUCUCCAGCAACCGAUUAUCCUCACAGCGGGCGGAGUUUUUCCCAUCUGCAUGCAGACGAAUCUAUCGAUGGUAAAGCUGGCCUUUUCCGUGGUCACCGUAAUAAAACAAUUCAAUCUGGCGGAGAAGUUUCAGUAA